GGCCGGGGCAGGGGCGGGGCCACAUCCGCACAGCACCAUCGCCGCCAGCCUCAAGGUCGAGGGCAGCCCAGCCCAGCUUCACCGCCACCCCAUCAAGCCGGCAUCAAGCCGUCCCCGCCGCUAUAUAACGACCCGGUGUGGCGCGCUGUGGUGACAGCGACUGCGUCUCGCCGGCUCCGCGCCGCAUCAGCGUCUCGCUGCGUCCUGAACAGCCCCGCCGAACCGCCGCACACACCGCCAUGCGCGCCGCCAUCGCCUUGGUCGCGUUGGCCGCGGCCUGCAGCGCCGUCGCCGCGCAGGACAAGGAGGUCCUCGUGGACCUGAAGCGCGUGCCCAUGCUCAGCGCCGUGCUCGGCGACGUGCCCGUCGAGGGCAUGGAGCACGACGCCGUGCCGGACAAGCAGCACGGCAACGGGGACCACUACGACACGUCGACGCUCCGCCUGCUGCACGUGAUGUUCCGCCACGGCCAGAGGACCCCCGCUGACACGUACCCCAACGACCCUUACGUCAACUUCAACUUCGCCCCCGUGGGCUGGGGCCAGCUGACUCUGAACGGCAAGCGCGACCAGUACGAACAGGGGCAGUGGAUGCGGCGGCGCUACGGCGCCUUCCUGGGCGACCUGUACCACCCCGACGUGGUCGAGGUCCACAGCACGGACGUCGCCAGGACGCAGAUGUCCGCCAUGCUGUCCAUGGCGGGGCUCUGGCCGCCCGCACCAGAGCAGCGCUGGCACUCCAGUUUGGACUGGCAGCCCGUGGCCGUCAAGAGCCAAAGCUUGGACCAGGACGAUCUGCUGCUGGUGCGCGUUCCGUGCGCGCGUUACGGCGAGAUGCUGGAGGAGGUGAUGCAGUCCCCGCCAGUCGUGUCCCUCCUCAAGGAGAACGAGCCGCUGCUCCACUACUUGACCGAGAAGACGGGCAUGAAGAUCGCCACGCCCGAUGAUGUCCAGUCGCUGUACAGCACUCUCAAAGCCGAGGAGGGCUUCAACCUCGCGCUGCCCGACUGGACCAACGGCACGGUCUACCCCGACGCGCUGACGCAGCUCACCGCGCUCAGCUUCGAGAUCAACGUCAUGACCAGGGAGAUGCAGCGCAUCAAGGGAGGCCCGCUCGUCAAGACCGUGCUGCAGCACUCCGUGGACCGCGCCAACGGCAAGCUCAAGGCGGAGCGCCGCAUGUACGCGUACGCCGGCCACGACUCCACCGUGGCCAACUUCCUGAUCGCCAUGGGCGCGUGGGACACGCAGAUUCCCGGCUACGGCAUCCUCGCCCUCGUGGAGCUGCACGAGGACCCCAUCUCGCACGAGUACGGCGUCAAGAUGUUCCUGAGGAACUCGACGGAGGUGCCGCCCUACCCCUUGCACAUCCAAGGCUGCGGCCACUUCUGCCCCCUGGACAAGCUGGUCCAGCUGACGGCCGACGUGGUGCCAGACACCUUGCAGCGCGCGUGCGUCCCCAAGGACCCCAACUACACCCCGCCGCCUGCGUCUGGACCUUGAAAGAAAAAAACCGCCACCGACCGUCUUCCCACAAGCUGGAAUCAGCAGAAAAAUUUGUAUUGUUGCCCUGUCUAGAAAACAUCAAGAUAGUAAAGAAUGCAGGUUUAAUUUUUAA